AUGAGAACAAGCACAGCUACAAUCGUGGGCUUAACGCUGCUGCUAUGCCUGGGCCUUAGUAGCUCCCACAGUUUUGGCGGAAAGCUCGGAGGGGGCGGCUACGCCCCUGUGUACACCAGCUAUGUGCCCUAUCCCGUGGCCCAGCCCGUUCCACACGGAUGGAAGGGUGGUCUGGGUGGGCUGGGAGGAUUCGGAGGAGGCGGUUUCGGCGGCUACGGUGGGGGAUAUUCCGGAAGCUAUGCCUCGGCCUACAGCUCUGCUAGCGCCUUUUCUGGAGGUUUUGGUGGCGGCGGUUACGGUGGGGGUAUCUGGAAGAGACGCUAA